UAUUAUCAAUUUAUUAAGAUUUAUACAAUAUUUUAUAUAUACAACAACUCUUCAUGUCUUUGCUUCGCUUCUCCCAUCUUAACACCACUUAUUACUCUACGGAUAUACCAGCAAUUUCUAAAAUAUUUGGAGAAGGUACAGCAGCCACUUCAUCCAUUUCUCUGAACAUCAAAGUGUACUCCGGGUUGUAAUCCAUGUAAUCAUUACCAAUAUGUAAUUCUAUCGUCGUCUUCAAUACUUCUGGAUGCAAAUGCAAGCCGUGACGUGCAGUGGUAAAAGCAAUAAUUAUUGUAAGAAUCAGAAAUAUAAGGAGCCUUGCCAUUCCCAAGUACUUCGAGAACAAUAGAUAUAAACUAGUGUAAAUCUCUUUUAUACUACGACUCCAACUGUUGAUAUAACAAUGUGUUAAUUUGUGAAUGUAUAUGGCGUGCAAACUUUAAGCUAUAACAUGAAAGACAAAUGUUUGCCACUUACAGCGGAAGAAUUCUGAAAUCAGAUAGUACAUAUGUACGCAUUUGUUCAAGUACAAUAAAAUGAUUGAACUGUUUACAGCCGACCAAUCUAAACACAUAGUUACUGAAAUUUAUUUACCUUGCAUUAAUGUUUUAUGAUAACCAAACCAAUGCAACCUUCAUUAAAUGUCGAUGAAGAAAUCUUUGAUGGUAUUUGUUUAACAAAGUUGACAAACGAUCCACCUAAACGUUUUAGUUUGAUUAUUGUUGACGGUUGUGUUAUCAAACAUCAACUAGCGCUUUGAAGAAGGGGCUUCAGUGAGAAGUCCGUAGCUAGAUGGUGUUGCAACUUGAUGUGCUACUUCACUAACAUAUCGUCAUUAAGUGCGAUUAAAAUAUGAAGAUUUUUACAUUACUACUCUUGACUUCUCUCGUAGUGAAUUCAAUGGCUGGAGAGAUACUCAACGAUGAACCGAUUAUAACAAAUUGUUCAGCAUUGCUGUCUUUUGUCACGUACAUACAAACGAUAUUUAUCGAUUUGGGUGAAGAUACCGAUUUUUCAUUAAAAACUUGUCUGCUAAAAAAUAUUCAGUAUGAUCAAGCCGUUACAAUCAUCAAAACACAAGAAAAGCAAAAGGAUUUCCAGAUUGAUUUUACCAAACCACUGUUUCUAACCAGUGACUUUCCUGCUACCACAAUUGUAAUAGAAAGAUUGUCAUUCGACUUAAUUGACGCCCCUUUUUUUCAGACCUUGUUCGUAUCGCAUUGGUCUAUAGUGUAUAUUUUAGUAACCAGUGACAAACGAUUCAAGUGUGAUGAAGGAACGAUGAAUUCCCAAGACUUAACGUUUUUGGAAAAGUUCAUGAACAAACUUUGGCUGAAAUUUCGAUUCAUGCUUGUUGGCGUGGGAUUUCCUUUUGCUUGCCAAAACAUCUAUGCUGGGUAUUAUGGUAAAAAACAAUCUAACACAAGUUUAUAUGAUAGAGGGAUUACAUUUUAUGAUACUUAUCGUCCUAUUGACGUUAUCAAAACUUUCAUGUUCUCUGGAAAGGACCUAGCUGAGCACUAUCCUAUACGAGCGAGUUUAUUUUUUAGAUAUCCAACAUCUAUAACUACUUGUAAAGACACGCUUUACAUUCGGCGGUUUGAUCGAGACCUCACAUACGGUUUCUGCGGACUAGAUGGUAUGGUAAUGCAUGACGUACUGAAAUACUUCAAGUUUAAUUUAACAUUUUCUGAAGACGAGAGCUGCAUCAAUUACGGCUAUGUAGAUUCUGGAAACGUCAGCGGCAGUUUGGGCUGCAUCGCACGGAAAGAACUCGACGUAUCCUUUAAUUCGAGGUUUAUGACUUCUUACUCCCACGACAACAUUCAUUAUCUCUAUUAUGUGACCACAGAUUCACUCUGUGCCCUGGUGAAGCAAGCUGAUAUAAUACCAAUAUGGAUCGCUUUUUACAAUAUCUCUAAAUUCUCAGUGUUAUGCUUUGUAUUUUCGUUGAUAGUGAGUUUGGGACUACUAAUGUGGAUAAAAGCAUUAAUUGAAAAAAUGCUAACCGGCAGAAAGCCCAUGUCUCUUUGGUUCUAUGUUCAUGAUGCGACCAAAUCCAGUAUACUGGGAUAUACACUGCGGAACAAAAAAACAGUUUUGAGAGGGACAUGCUUAUUUCUCUCUAUUUUAAUAAAUGCAAUAUUUCAGGUCAGUGUUAUAUUGCAGAGUCACAUAAACCGAACGUACACAACUCUUCAGCGAUACAAAAAUAUUGAAACUCUUCAAGACCUUUAUAGUUGUGGAGCAACACUGUAUACUUCACCUAACAUUAAAGAGCUGUUGAGGGAAGUUAUAGAUCCUAAUGACAAAUCACAAGUGAAUUUCUUAAAUCGAGCCCAAAUGUCAACGGGAAUGAAACUGGAUUUCCUUAUAAAGAACCCUAAAGUGACGACGCUUGACAGAAAAAACGAUAUUGCAAUGCAAAUACUGGAACACUACAAGGACAUUCAUGGGAAACCUAUGAUUAAUAUCGUUGAAGAAUGUUUUAGUAACUACUUCUUAUCUUACAUCGCCAGAUCAGAUUUUCCAUUUUUCGAGAACGUUCGUGAAUUUAUGGAGCGAAUGCAGGGGGCUGGAUUACCCACAAUGUACUAUACUUGGACUCAACGUAUGCUGGGGAUACCAGAGGUGACCUUCAAAAACCCCCAAGAAGCGCGUCCUUUUGCUGAAACAUCAUUGGAUAACCUUCGGAUCUCUUAUGCAAUACUGUUCUGCGGUUAUUUUUUGUCGACCAUGUUGUUUGUCGUUGAACUAUGGAAAGGUAGGCGUGAUCGUCUUCAAAAUGAGAAUGGGAUGGGACCGGUGUCAAAUCGCAAGCUCAAGAAGAAACACGUGCGUGGUGCACUAUAAGUACCGAUAUGAUUACUAGCUGUACCUAUUUUGUUCAUUACCAAAGCUGUCAAUAGAUAACGGUAAAUUGUUUGCCGAAAUAUUUACAUCCUUUUUUCCAUCAAUAAAAAUUAUUUUUGUCAAAUAUUAUUGAUUUUUCUUUCAUGAUCCUAAACCAGUUGUUGUUUGUUUUUUCCUUCAAUUAAAUUAUCGGCAAAAAUACAUUUGCCUCAUUCAUUGCCAUGCCAACACAUGUUUUUGAAGUAAUUUUGCUUUUUCC